AUGUCUCUCUGUAAGAAGAUGACGCUGGAUAAAGUGGAUGUUAAGGGGAAGCGAGUGAUCAUGAGGGUCGACUUCAACGUCCCCAUGAAGCAGAACCAGAUCACGAACAACCAGAGGAUCAAGGAGACCAUCCCAAGCCUCAAAUACUGCCUGGACAAUGGUGCCAAGUCGGUCGUCCUCAUGAGUCACCUUGGCCGGCCGGAUGGUGUGCCCAUGCCGGACAAGUACUCCUUAAAUCCCGUGGCCGCCGAGCUGAAGUCUUUGCUGGGCAUCGACGUGCUCUUCCUGAACGACUGCGUGGGCCCAGAAGUGGAGAAAGCCUGCGCCAACCCGCCCCAAGGCUCGGUCAUCUUGCUGGAGAACUUGCGCUUUCACGUCGAGGAAGAAGGGAAGGGCCAGGACCCUUCCGGAAAGAAGAUCAAGGCUGACCCAGAGAAAGUGAAAGCUUUCCGGGAGUCCCUCUCCAAGCUCGGGGACAUCUACGUCAAUGACGCCUUUGGCACUGCGCACCGCGCUCACAGCUCCAUGGUCGGCGUGAAUUUGCCCAUAAAGGCGUCGGGGUUCCUCAUGAAGAAAGAACUGGAUUACUUUGCCAAAGCCUUGGAACACCCAGAGAGACCCUUCCUGGCCAUCCUCGGUGGAGCCAAAGUGGCAGACAAGAUCCAGCUCAUCAAAAACAUGCUGGACAAGGUCAAUUUCAUGAUCAUUGGUGGCGGGAUGGCCUACACCUUCCUCAAGGUGCUCCAGAACAUGGAGAUUGGCUCGUCCCUGUUCGACGAAGAGGGCGCCAAGAUUGUCAAAGAGAUCAUGGCCAAAGCAGAAAAGAACCAGGUGAAGAUGACCUUUCCGGUUGACUUCGUCACUGCCAACAAGUUCGAGGAGAAUGCCGAGGUUGGACAAGCCACCGUGCAGUCCGGCAUCCCUGCCGGCUGGAUGGGUUUGGACUGUGGUCCUGAGAGCAUCAAACUGAACGCCCAGAUUGUGGCCCAGGCGAAGCUGAUUGUCUGGAAUGGACCUCUAGGGGUAUUUGAGUGGGAUGCGUUUGCGAAGGGAACCAAAGCUCUUAUGGACGAGGUCGUGAAAGCCACUUCCAGGGGCUGCAUUACCAUUAUAGGGGGUGGAGACACUGCCACCUGCUGCGCCAAAUGGGGCACUGAAAACAAUGUCAGCCACGUGAGCACUGGAGGCGGGGCCAGCCUUGAGCUUCUGGAAGGGAAAGUCCUGCCUGGAGUAGAUGCCCUCACCAGUUUGGAGGGGCCAGCAUAUUGCCCCGACAACAAUUAA